GACAGGCGGACGCUGUGGGUUAUCGGCAGGCGGACAGAGAGACAGACAGAGAGACAGACAGGCGGACGCUGUGGGUUAUCGGCAGGCGGACAGAGAGACAGAGAGACAGACAGACAGGCGGACGCUGUGGGUUAUCGGCAGGCGGACAGAGAGACAGACAGAGAGACAGACAGACAGGCGGACGCUGUGGGUUAUCGGCAGGCGGACAGAGAGACAGACAGACAGACAGACAGAGAGACAGAGAGACAGACAGACAGAGAGACAGACAGGCGGACGCUGUGGGUUAUCGGCAGGCGGACAGAGAGACAGACAGAGAGACAGACAGACAGGCGGACGCUGUGGGUUAUCGGCAGGCGGACAGAGAGACAGACAGAGAGACAGACAGACAGGCGGACGCUGUGGGUUAUCGGCAGGCGGUGGCAGGAGCUUUGCGGAAGUGUGUGAAACCGGAGUCAUAUGACCAGGCAGGCAGGCGGGCAGGCGGAGGACAAAAUGCUUCCUAGAUAUGGAUAAAAUUCCUCGGACACGGUGACUGAGAUCCACGACGAACACGAUGGAGGAGAUUAAAGUGUCCCCUGACUAUAACUGGUUCCGAAGCACAGUGCCCCUGAAGAGAAUUAUCGUUGAUGACGAUGACAGCAAGGUGUGGUCGCUGUAUGACGCCGGCCCAAAGAGCAUCAGGUGUCCCAUCAUCCUCCUCCCUCCAGUCAGUGGGACAGCUGAGGUGUUCUUCCAGCAGGUGCUGGCUCUGACAGGCUGGGGCUACAGAGUCAUCUCGCUGCAGUAUCCGGUGUACUGGGAUCUCAUGGAGUUCUGUGACGGCUUCAGGAAGCUUCUGGAUCACCUGCAGUUAGAUAAAGUCCAUCUGUUCGGGGCAUCCCUGGGUGGAUUCCUGGCUCAGAAGUUUGCAGAGUGCACACACAAGUCUCCCAGAGUGCACUCACUGAUACUGUGUAACUCAUUCAGUGAUACCUCCAUCUUUAAUCAGACGUGGACAGCAAACAGUUUCUGGUUGAUGCCAGCUUUCAUGUUGAAGAAGAUUGUUCUGGGGAACUUUGCUAAAGGACCCGUGGACUCUAAAAUGGCAGAUGCAAUCGACUUCAUGGUCGACAGGUUGGAGAGCCUGAACCAAAGUGAGUUAGCAUCGCGGCUAACACUCAACUGUCAGAACUCUUAUGUGGAGCCGCACAAAAUAAAAGAUGUUGCUGUGACCAUUAUAGAUGUGUUUGAUCAGAGCGCUCUGUCACUGGAGGCCAAGGAGGAGAUGUAUAAACUGUAUCCGAACGCGAGACGAGCUCAUCUGAAAACAGGAGGAAACUUCCCGUACCUGUGCAGGAGCGCUGAAGUCAACCUCUACAUACAGAUUCACUUGCGUCAGUUCCACGGGACGAGAUACGCUGCCAUCAGUCCUGCCAUGGUGAGCGCCGAGGAGCUGGAGGUGCAGGAGAGUCACCUGAGCAGUAACCAGGACUCUGACGACCAAUGAGACGCCGUUUACCUGCAAGCUGUUUUCCUCUGAACAUUUCCAACAGCUUCUCUCACUCUUCUCCUGAACGCAUCAUUUCACAGGAGGUUCUCCAGAUUUUCUAUGGAGCUCAACAGCCAAUCAGCGAGUCAACGGAGAAUAUUUUUAUUUCACAGAUGAAGCAAUAUUUUGAUAAAUGCUACUCGACCGCUUCGCUUUAAAAACAUACGACACCUUGCCUUAUGUGGAAUAAAUCUGACAAUUGUUGCACUCAUAAACUGCCUGAACUGUUUGCCUCAAGUGUUCAUUUCUGUGUGUAAUAUAUAUUGUGGUUAACACAGCCAGCAGUGAACUGGUUUCCUGUUAACAGAAAGAUGGACACACUUAUGGAGAGACAUAUUUCAAAGUGUUUGUGUAAUCCGAUGAAAUGAAGUUACAUUUUGUUCCAUUUGUUUUGGAAUACACUAAUUAUUUUCAA